CCCAGGCUGUUCCUUACGUACUCUGAUUCUCUCCUAACAUCUAUCCCUCUCUUCUAGGUAUACCUCCAGUCCUAAGACAUGUCCUGCUACACCCAGUGCGUGCCAUGCCGGCCCUGCGGUCCGACCCCUCUGGCCAGCAGCUGCAAUGAGCCCUGUGUCAGGCAAUGUCAGAACUCAACCAUCGUCAUCGAGCCCUCUCCUGUGGUGGUGACCCUGCCCGGACCCAUCCUCAGCUCCUUCCCACAGAACACCGUCGUGGGAUCCUCCACCUCUGCUGCUGUUGGCAGCAUCCUCAGCUCUGAGGGUGUUCCCAUCACCUCGGGUGGCUUUGACUUGUCUGGCCUCGGCAGCCGCUACUGUGGCAGAAGAUGCCUGCCCUGAUAAAGGCACUGGCUGUGAUCCUGGAGAAAUUCUUCUUGAAACUGUGAAAGUGAUGCUGUAUCAAGAAGGAAUCUUCAAGACUGCUUUCAGAGUCCUUGACAGUCCUCAGCUAUUCUGGGGAAUGCUGGCAGGAAGGGGCAAUGCUAGGCUUUUGAAAACAAGGCUCAUGUCUCUUCCAAUAUCUUCCACAUUACUUUCUUUUUUCUUCCCCUAUCCCACCCCUCUCCCUCCACUUUAUUUUUUCUCCCUUCUG